AUGGAACUUCACCUGGCUCCUUACGCUGCUCUUACCUCCGCUCUUGAGCGGCUCGACUAUAGCGGCAAGACCAUAUUAAUCACAGGAGGCGGCCAUGGUAUGGGCGUCGAUAUGUGCCGAUCGUUUGCUGCCCGGAAGUCUUCUCACAUUAUUAUUGUUGGUCGUAACGAGACUCGGAUCAAGGCCAGCGCUCAAAGGCUCACUGCAGAGUUCCCGGCUACUCGCUUCACGCCCAUCACCGCCGACAUCUCGUCCAAAGAUGAUGUCAAAAUGCUUUUUGAGAGCUUUGUGGACUCCCCUGAUGUUCUCGUCAACAACGCCGGGUAUAUGCCAGUCCCCGAAAAGUUCCAAGACGCCGAUCUCGACGAGUGGUGGUCUGGCUAUACAACCAAUGUCUUUGGCACUGUUCUAGUGACUCAGACCUAUCUCAAACACCGGGAUACUAAAGCCUCAAACACUGGCCCCGGAGUUAUUAUUACUUUAAAUACCAUCGCUUCUUACUCGUUUAAUAUGCCUUCUCUCAGCGCCUACGGCUCAAGCAAAGCCGCCCUUGCUCGCUGGCUAGAAAUUGCUUCACACGAUGUCCCACAGGAAGUUGCUCGCUUCAUCUCCCUUCAUCCCGGCGCUGUGGCCACCGAUAUGGGUCAUAAGGCUGGCAUCAUCGAUACACUGGCUGUUACUGAGGCUGCGCUGACUGGCGAUUUUACUGCCUGGUUAGCUUCUGAUGAGGCUAGCUUUUUAGCUGGGCGUUUUGUCUGGGCUAACUGGGAUUGCGAACAGCUAAUCAGCCGCAAGCAAGAAAUUUUGGAGGAGAAUCUAUUUCGAACUUCACUUACUGGUGUCGAUUCAAGCCCUUUCGUGUAA